GAUAAUAUCCAUGAAUUCAACGCCUUUGACUUUGCGAGACCGCAUUUUGCGCGUCUAUCGUCGCUUCAAAAGUGUGCCUAUACCAAAGACGUCUAGGCUGUUUCCUGUUAGGAAUUCCUCUUUACUUAGCCGUUAUUUGUUGGAAACUGUUUGGGAUCGAUCUGAUGUCGAUCGAUGCGAAAAGCUGCGAUUCACUCAGCAUCAUUUCCUGACCACGUGUAAUGACGCUCAAGAUGUUUCCGUACAAGUUGACAACACCACGGAUCUUAGUUUUAUUUCGCUGGGAGUUGGAUUUCCGUUCCCUGAUGAGAAUGGACCUCGGCUAAUUUGGGACAUACGUUCUCAUUCUUCUUGUUUGCGCGCCAUGUGCGUUGAAUAUUCCCAUCCCUUGGCCGCUAUGAAAUUAGCCCCUUCUUCCAAAGCAUGCUUCCCCGAAUCUGGAACAUUCGUUUACUUGUCAAUGUCUGGCACGCAUUUGAAAACCAUCAAACUUCCUGCGAACAAACCGGCCAAUGUACAUGGGAACCUGUACUCCAGUUCACGCGUACCUAUUUUUGGUGCCACGUGGUCCUCCGAUGAGGAGCGAAUCAUCUACACUGCUGAAGCUGCUCGUGUAAACGAAUCAGAGUCUGCUGGUUGUGGGGCCAGGCCUUGUGCAUUUGGACACCAUGAAAAUUGGGGUGAAAGUUUGUCCGAUGUUCGGCAAUCCGUCCUCUGUAUGCUCAACAUUCGCACCGAAGAUGUACGCUGUUUGGUCUCUCCGGCUGAACUACCUAAUGUCGUCCCAACGCAGCCCACGUGGUGUCCAGACGACACCGGUAUCGUAUUCAUGGGUUUCGAAUAUGGUCCCUAUCCGCUUGGAUUAGUCUACUGCGUUCAGCGUCCCUGUCGGCUGUAUCAUCUGGACUUCGCGACCGGCCAGAUCAAGCCAAUCAGCGAUAGUAACCGAUCCGCCAGCUGUCCACGUUUCAGUCCCGAUGGGAAGGUUCUGAUUUGGACAGAGGUCGAUGUCAGUGGUCCACACGGUCAAUGUCGUGCUCUGAUGAGCCUUUCAUGGCCACCGGCUGAAAUGUCGGUUCCCACAACUGUGAUCCCAGUGGUCCAGACGCCAACAGUCCACAAUGGUUUUCCAGGACUGUACUGUGAUCUGCCGGAACGAUGUUGGACUUCCGAUGGCCGAUAUGUUGUGCUGACAACUAUCUGGGGACUGCAGCUAUCUACACUGAUGGUUCCCAUCACCCACGCCUCGCUGCAUCACGAUUGUCUUGUUUACCCGAUUUAUAGUCCAAUCGCUGAGUGCAAAACUGCUGACACUGACCUAACUGAUUUUCCAAGUAGUGUCACUGUUUUGGACGUUUACCACGAUAUGGUUGUUGUCAGCUGCGAAUCCGCUGUGCAUCCACCUUUUGUCGCCGUUACCCAGUUGCCCAGAGACGAAAACAACCAAAUAUGCCCCAACCGCUUAUCCAUUUGCAAAUGGUGUCUCAUUCCUUGCGGUGGCCCAUCUCUGGACUGCAGCAUACCAUACGUGAGCGGUGUACAGCAUUCCAUUCUGACUGCGACCGAUAUUCACAAUGUCGAACUUCCUUACUGGGAAUCACUUUUACUCCAGCCUUCUUUGGAUGAGGAUGGAACACUGAAAAAUGUAGAUACCUAUGACCCGACUGUUACAAUCUCAUCCCUGUGGGAACCAUUGUCGAAGAAUGCUGAACUAUACGGACUGGUUAUCUGUCCUCACGGAGGCCCCCAGAGUGCGUUCGCUAGUUCCUGGUCACCUGUUGUCGCUGGUUUCCUCGCAUGCGGUUUCGCCUGUUUGCUUGUCAACUAUCGCGGCUCACUCGGAUAUGGCGAACAGUCGGCUCGGUCUCUUUUGGGCAAUAUAGGACACUACGAUGUGGACGAUUGUGUUCAGGCGACUCAGUGUGCUUUAAGCCAACUACAAAAACAUUUCAACAGAACCUUGCCCGCUGUUUUGUUUGGAGGAUCUCACGGUGGAUUCCUGGUGCUACAUCUAUCCGCUCGAUACCCGGAGCUGUUUCGUGCUGUGGUGGCACGCAACCCCGUGACAAACUUGGCCAGCAUGCUGGACACUUCCGAUAUCCCCGAUUGGUGCUACACUGAGGCUGGCUUGUGUUCAGAAACCGCUUGGCCGUUGGACACUGUGCCUAGUGUCGACGCGUUAAGCUUAUUGGCAAAGGUAUCUCCUAUCAGUCAGUUGACCUCCGGGUGGCGCGUUCCUUUGCUUUUGCUUCUGGGAGAGAAAGAUCGUCGCGUUCCAGUUAGUCAGGGCCUCACGUUUUACCGAAGGCUGAAGGCAAAGUGUCCCCAAGUGCCAUGUGAGGUGCUCGUUUUCCCACACGACUGUCACCCCCUUGACUCCCCUGUCACGGACAAAGAGGUGUUUAUUCGCACUGUGGAAUGGUUUCAUGCGCAUCUCGGAUCCCCUACGUGAAAAUUGCACAAACAACACUUGCUGACUUUGUUCUUUUUCCUCUGAUUUCGAUCGUUCCCAAUCCUUCCUCUUUAUAGUGUACUCAAAUGGCCUCGAAUAAACUCAUCCUCACCUCCUCUUCAGUUCUUUCGCUA